AUGGCAACUCCAGGGGGACCUCGGCCGGGGAAUUUCCCCCCGAAUUACAGCACUAAUACGCUUGCUAAUAAUAUGCAAAAUUUACAAAUUAAUCAGCAGCAAUCGAAUAAUCCUCGUGGUGAUGCCCCUAGACCUCCUCAUGCUGCACCACCUGGUCAACAGCCCCAACCUUUUGGAGGAAACCGACCACGCGCACCCCCACCAGGUGUUUUUCCAAGGGGCCCCGUGCCUACUAAUGGUGCCUCACAAACUACAUUGCCUUGGAACCCAGCAUCUACACUCACCAGCCCAUCAUCUGUAUUUCAGCCUCCUCCCUCUUUCAUUAUGAGAACUCCCCCUCCUGUGGCACUGGCAUCGUCUGCUGGUGGUCCUGUUCCCCCGCCUCCGGGUGCAGCGCCAUUAACAGGACCGGGCACUCGUCCUCAACCUUUUAUAUCUGCCCCUCUGACAUCAGUUCCUCCAGUGCUGCCUCAGAUGAGCACUUCUGGCCCUUCUAAUAAUGGACCAACUGCAUUCUCUUCAUGGCCUUCGCAAGGUGGGCCACAUUUUCCUCCUGCCAUGGCUGGUACACCACAACCGCCAGCUGGACCUCCGCAGUUGCCAACAUUGAUGACGUCCGGUCCAUCUGCUCAGCCUCUACAAAUGCGUCCAUACUUUCGGAGUCCUGCUGGUGCAUCACCUGUCACAGGACAACCUGCCCCACCAUUUUCAGCACCAACUCAAAGCAUGCAUCAACCUUCAGGCUCUCCUCAUGGGAUGCAAGCAUGGCCACCACAACCAGGGCAGGUGGCUCCACAUCCUCCAGUCCCUGGUCCUAUGCAACAGCAAAGGAUGUAUGGAAUGCUGCCAGCCCCACCACCUCUUCCUAAUCAAUCUAUGUCUUUGAGUCAUACAGGACAGUCAAAAAUUGAUCCCAAUCAAAUACCUCGCCCUAUUAGAAGUUCCUCUGUGAUUAUACAUGAGACCCGUCAGGGAAAUCAGUCAAGCCCUCCUCCGCCUGCAACAAGUGAUUAUAUCGUCAAAGAUACUGGGAAUUGCAGUCCUCGUCACAUGAGAUGUACUAUUAAUCAGAUUCCAUGCACUGUAGACGUUUUAUCAACAUCUUCAAUGCAGUUGGCUUUGUUGGUGCAGCCUUUAGCUCUUCCCCAUCCGUCUGAGGAGCCUAUCCAAGUUGUGGAUUUUGGGGAAAAUGGUCCUGUUCGAUGUUCUCGUUGUAAAGGCUACAUAAAUCCUUUCAUGAAGUUUAUUGAUCAAGGCAGGCGUUUUAUUUGUAACUUGUGUGGAUUUACGGAUGAAACUCCAAGUGACUAUCACUGCAACUUAGGUCCAGACGGUAGGCGUAGAGAUGCUGAUGAAAGACCUGAGCUAUGCAGAGGAACUGUUGAAUUUGUCGCUACCAAGGAAUACAUGGUGCGAGAACCAAUGCCCGCUGUAUUUUUCUUCCUUAUUGACGUAUCCAUGAGUGCCAUACAGACUGGUGCAACUGCAGCAGCUUGCAGUGCAAUCAAUCAAGUUAUAGAUGAUCUUCCUGAGGGUCCUAGGACGAUGGUAGGCAUUGCUACAUUUGACUCAAGUAUCCAUUUUUACAACCUAAAACGAGCAUUACAGCAGCCAUUGAUGCUUAUAGUCCCUGACGUACAAGAUGUCUAUACUCCUCUCCAAAGUGACAUUAUUGUUCAUCUUUCCGAGUGUCGACAACAUUUAGAGCUUUUACUGGAAAGCAUCCCAACAAUGUUUCAGAACAAUAGAACGACUGAUUCAGCUUUUGGCGCAGCAAUAAAGGCUGCUUUCUUGGCGAUGAAAAGUUCUGGCGGAAAACUCCUAGUUUUCCAAUCUGUCUUGUCAUCAAUUGGUAUUGGAUCCCUUUCUGCUAGAGAAGCUGAAGGAAGAAGCAAUAAAACAGCAGGAGAAAAGGAGGCUCAGAAAUUACUCCAACCAGUGGACAAAACUUUAAAAACAAUGGCCAUAGAAUUUGCUGAAUACCAGGUAUGUGUUGACUUGUUCAUCACAACACAAACAUACGUAGAUAUCGCUUCCAUCUCUGUCGUCACGAGAACUACAGGAGGCCAGGUAUAUUAUUAUUACCCCUUCUCUGCUCUGUCUGAUCCUGCUAAGCUUUACAAUGAUCUUCGGUGGAAUGUCACGAGACCUCAAGGCUUUGAGGCAGUGAUGCGAGUUAGAUGCAGCCAGGGUAUUCAAGUUCAGGAGUAUUUUGGGAACUUCUGUAAACGCAUUCCAACAGAUGUUGAUCUACCUGCUAUUGACUGCAACAAAACAAUAAUGGUGACCCUAAAACAUGACGACAAAUUGCAGGAAGGCUCAGAAUGUGCUUUUCAGUGUGCUCUUCUCUACACCACUGUAUAUGGGCAAAGAAGAAUCCGGGUUUCAACCUUGUCCCUCCCUUGCACCACAAUGCUGAGUAAUCUGUUUCGCUCUGCUGACUUAGAUACCCAAUUUGCUUGUGUCCUGAAGCAAGUGGCUAGUGAAAUUCCUUCAGCUCCACUCACGCAAGUCAGGGAGCAAGCAACAAAUGUUUGCAUUAACAUUCUGCACUCUUAUCGCAAAUUUUGCGCUACAGCAUCAUCUUCUGGACAACUCAUUCUUCCUGAGGCACUUAAACUAUUGCCUCUAUACACGCUUGCUCUGCUCAAAAGCAUUGGAUUGCGAGCUGAUGGAAGAGUCGAUGAUAGGUCCUUUUGGAUUAAUUAUGUUUCCCCUUUAUCUACUCCUUUGGCAAUCCCAUUGGUGUACCCCAGGAUGAUAACCAUCCACGAUCUUGAUGAGAAGGACUUGGAUGAUUCCCCUAUUCCUUCUCCUGUCCCACUAUCCAGUGAGGACAUUUCUGACGAAGGAAUAUAUCUCCUUGAGAAUGGCGAAGAUUGUUUAAUUUAUGUAGGCAACUCUGCCAGUCCAGAUAUUUUGCAACAGUUGUUUGGUAUAUCUUCAAUUGAAGAAAUCCCUAAUCAGUAUGUACUGCAGCAAUAUGACAAUCCACUGUCAAAGAAGCUGAAUGAUGUGGUAAAUGAAAUAAGGCGCCAGAGAUGUUCCUACUUACGCUUAAAGUUGUGCAGAAAAGGGGAUCCAUCAGGGAUGAUGUUUUUCUCUUACAUGGUAGAGGACAAGACUCCAAGUGGGCUUUCAUAUGUCGAAUUUCUAGUGCAUAUCCAUAGGCAGAUUCAAAGUAAAAUGGCUUGA